AUGCUUAAGGAUCUGCAUCUAUCUCUUGCUACCCAGCACGACCAUAAUGUGAACGCGUCCUACCUGCAAAAUCUAGAACCUACCGUGAAAUCUGAGGAAGCCUCUAGAGGUUGGCCAACACAACCGUACGUUUUAAAACAAACGCUUGAUGCCGAACAACCAAUAUUGAAUUUUAAUGAACCACUUGAUCUAAAAAAUCCGCCCACAUCACUUCCAGUCUUACAGCUUCCUCAAACUCCCUUCUUCGACAAGCUAUACUUUAAUUGCAUAUCAGAACAGGGUGCUUACCGGCUUCUUUCAGCGAGCAAUGCAAACGCCCAGAUGGCCCUCUUGAGCAAACUGUAUUCAUAUUAUCGUGGUUGUAUGUCCCCAGUGAGCAGCUUCGGGCAAAUGGAUCAUAAUCAACCUAUGCGGAGUCAAGAAUACGCAAAGAGUAUGCAUCACGACCAGCAACCCAUUGCAGUGACCGAUCGUGCGAGCAACUCUGGGGGGAUUUAUCCAAUUCCAUGGGUUACGUAUAUUCCAUUUUGUGGUGGAUCACACGUCGGCCCAAUCUAUGAUUAUAAUGAGGAAAAACCAGAGCAGUCUGACGUCGGUCAUAAAGUGAACACAGGAAGCUACAAUAUGUUGCCGCGUUUUAGUAACUCUUAUUCCGCUAAAGAUAUUGUGCAACAUCUAAACCACAUCAUAUCCAUGACGGCAUAUCACGAGCCAACAGUAAGUAAGGACAUUAGUAUACAAUCGGAAAACGCUUCCCAGUUUUCCGGUCGCAGAUAUUUCAAGCAACAAACCACACCAGAGCCCUAUUUUGCUAGCCCACCGACGACUAGUGAUAUGAGGAAUAAUGGCUGUGAAUGGAAGAGAUUGGAAAAUGUGCCAACUACUCCUGUUAUUCAGGCUCCACAAUUUACGGAAGGCGGCAGACAUUCGGCUCAAUCAUCUGCAAAAAUCAACAGUUGCACCGAUUACUCCGAGCUGAGAUCUAGAAAAGCCUCAAGACAUCAGCUGGUUCGCUUAGUCAACGGGGAGCUUAAAGCAAUUGAACAGCUGAAUGUGGCUGAUUUCCUAGCCAGCGCUGUCGCAGAGGAAAACUCCAAGUUAAGGGACGCGACUUUAGACUUCACAUCUGGUCAUCCAAAAAUACCCAUCACUGAAUUGUCCUGGGUCAGAUUGGAUGCGAUUGGAAAGCACUCUGAUGCGAAUUUAAUAAAGCUGUUAUUCAACGUCCCGUCAAAAAGACAUCGUGUCGUCCUCGGAUGCAGGGAACGAUUUGCGAGUAAGCAUUCAGUACGAAUGCUUUGGCCACGCUUCAGCAACAAGAGCUUCAAAGUAAGUGGAUAA